UGGACCGUCGUUGUCUACCGUGGCGACUUCAAGGUCGGCCAGCUGGUCCUGUACUUUGAGAUCGACAGCUUCAUUCCCGCGACAAACGGGCGCUUCAGCUGGGAGGUGUCUGACACUCUGACCGAAUUUCGAGGCGAAAAGGGCUACCACGUUCGGUCGCAGAUGCUCGGCAAGCAGCUCUCGCAAGGUCUCGUGCAGCAGGUCGGGGCGAUGCCUGAGGUCAACGCCGUGCUGGAGGGGCUGCAGAAGAAGCAUGGGGUGUGCAAAGGCACAGAGAUGGCGAUGGAGAUGGCAUUUGAGGACAGAAUCGGCGUCAAGAAAUGGGAGGUCCCGUUCGAGGUGCAGGGCCAGAUCCUCGGUCCAGCGCCAUCAUUCUUCCCUCGGCCGGCGAGCGAGCGAGUCCAGAACAUACCCGACCUCUUCACACACAGAUACCUCAACGAGGUGUUCCAGGUCACCGAGAAGCUGGAUGGUGUCUCCAUGACUGUCUAUAGCGUUGUGCGCGGCUCGAAAUGGUACAAGGCUUUGCCUGCGGUGCCCGUUGGCCCAGGGCAGGAGACACAGGACGUGCGAUUUGGCGUGGCCAGUGCGAACAAGGGCCUUGACGAGCGAGGCAACGAUCUCUACUGGAAUGCGGCCAAGCGGCUCGGCCUUCCCACCAGGCUCCAUGGGAUUGGUGGUGUCCAGAAUGUCGCUAUCCAGGGCGAGCUUGUUGGCCCCGCCAUCAAGCGCAAUAGCAUGCGUUUUCCGGACAGCGCCGAGCACAAUUUUUUUGUGUUUCAGAUCUUCGAUAUCGACAAGCAGGAGUACCUACCGCCUGUAGAGGUAGUGGACAUCUGUGAGAGAAUGGCACUCCCACACGUACCUGUUCUUGGUUACUUCAAGCUGCGAGAUUUCGCCGCGAGCCUGAACGAGAUAUUGGCCAAGGCUGAGGGGGUCGGCACAUGGGGACAGACUAGAGAGGGUUAUGUGUUCAAGAGCGUCAGCUCGCGGAAGGACUUUACUUUCAAAGUGAUUUCCAACAAAUGGCUG